GACUCGAACUGCGAUCAUAUCUUUGUUCUUGUUAUGCAAUCGGUUUUGAAGUUUCUUGUUUUUUAAAUUGUAAAUGCUGAGUGUACGUUGAAUGCGAAUUGUUUAGAUUCGUAAAUCACUAUUAACGUAACACGCAUUCAGCCAGUAGCACUUGUAGUGAAUUAGGAUUUUUUUUAAAAAUUAAUAUGUGUUCUUUGGAGGUAGUUUUAAACAAUCGCAACAAAAAAUUUCCCUUACUAGUGACAUGUGACUAUCAGUGACAUUUUCGUGCCGAAAUGUGCGAUCGUGUGAUUAAUAGGAGUAAUUCGUGUAAAAUGUGAAAUAAACAUGGCUCAAAUGAGUGUUUUGCUGCAAAUAACAUGUUUUAUUAUAUUUUCUUUGCUGUUCAAAUGUAUUGGAUGUGCGGAAACCGAUAUUGCUCUUGAUGCAAGGGCUCAACUGACGCAUCGCCUUGACAGUUUAAACUUAUUGCUGUACACGUUCCUGCUAAUACUUACAGUAUUGACGAUAUGGUUGUUCAAACAUCGUCGGUUGAGGUUCCUGCACGAAACUGGUCUUGCAGUUAUAUAUGGGUUGAUAGUGGGUGCAUUGAUUCGAUACUUAGGCAGCACGAGUACAGUGCUGCACAUGUCUGUUGUACCAGAAGGAGGCACUCAGUACAACCAGUCUCUCCCACCGGAAACCUUGUGGCUGCGAUUUCCCAACAAGGACACUGUACCUCUUGUUCCUAAUAAGACUUAUGCUUACACUUUUCGUGGCAUUGAAGACAAUGAAAUUGACUUGAAGGCUACAUUUGAUCCAGAAAUAUUUUUCAACAUUAUACUACCACCAAUUAUUUUUCAUGCAGGAUACAGUCUGAAGAGGAAAUAUUUUUUCCGGAAUUUGGGAGCCAUACUUACUUUUGCUCUCAUUGGUACCACUAUUUCAUCAUUUGUUGUUGGUGCUCUGAUGUAUGGUUUCCUCAAGCAAAUGUCAUACUUGAAAAACAGUUUCACUUUCUUGGACACUCUUUAUUUUGGAGCUUUGAUUUCCUCAACGGAUCCUCUUACGAUAUUGGCAAUUUUCAAUGAUCUCCAUGUUGAUGUAAACUUAUACGCAUUAGUAUUUGGAGAAAGCGUACUGAAUGAUGCUGUUGCAAUUGUUCUCAGUGGGGCCAUCCAAAACUAUGGAGAGCGAUACCAGUCGGGUUCUGGAGGAUUUGAAACUGAUGCAUUUUUUAGAGCCUUGGGUGAUUUCAUUGGGAUUUUUUCCCUUUCAUUGCUGAUUGGUGCUCUAAUGGGCUGUUUCACAUCUAUACUGACCAAGUUCACACGUGUGCGGGAUUUCCCUCUUCUGGAGUCAGCAUUGUUUGUGUUGAUGUCGUAUAGCACAUUCUUGAUUGCAGAGGCAUCAGAACUAACAGGUGUUGUGGCUGUUCUUUUUUGUGGGAUCUGUCAAGCACAUUACACCUACAACAACUUGUCGGUUGACUCAAGAGCACGUACGAAGAAGCUCUUUGAGCUUCUCAACUUCUUAGCAGAGAAUUUUAUAUUUUCAUACAUUGGAGUUUCCAUGUUUACAUUUCCCAAACAUCAUUUUGAUCCAUGGUUUAUCAUCGUUGGCUUUAUAUGUGCUAUGCUUGGCCGAGCAGUGAAUGUCUACCCUCUUGCUUUUCUGCUGAAUUUGGGUAGGAAACCCAAAAUACCCUUCAACUUUCAGCAUAUGCUGUUUUUUGCAGGUUUGCGAGGUGCCAUGUCGUUUGCGUUGGCCAUCAGAAACACAGUUUCGGAAGCCCGCCAAGCCAUGCUGACCACCACCUCGCUCAUUGUGAUAAUCACAGUGAUUGUUCAAGGGGGAGCAACGAUGCAACUCUUGACCUGGUUCAAAAUACCAGUGGGCGUGGAAGAAGAAGUGGAACUGCUGCCUUACACGGGAGUAAGAAGUGCGUACAAUUCCAUGGGAACAACAAACAUGAACAUGCAAGAUCCCACCAUGGCGAGGGAGACCAACAGCGGCAGUGCCAACUCGAGCAACGAGAAAGCCCUGCUGGCUCGCAUCUGGGGCAACUUCGACGUGAAGUACAUGAAGCCGUUCUUGACGCACGCCAGACCGACGCUGCUGGAGACGUUGCCCGUGUGCUGUAGCUCGCUGGCGCGAGUGCUCACCACGACCGAGCAAAUGACUCAGGAAGGAUUGGGGCAGACUCGUAUUGAUUCCGACUCUGACCUGUGCUUAGAAGACAAUGAUGCUGGCUGUGGCGAUCACCAAUCAGCCAUUCACAGGAACAGUCUCACUAGUCAAGCAGUUAAUAUGCACCAUUAAUGCACUGAUUUACUCUCCAGAAACCCAUUAAUGCAACAAGGUCCUACUCAAAAUGGUUGACAGUCUAGGUGCGGCUGGGGAUCUUGGUCUCGGGAGUCAUCUAGUCGUCACCAGGGUCCGUCUGCCCGGCCCUGGUGGGAACAACCUUUGAGAAUCCACUUGUCGAGUCAUCAAUGUGAUUGAUAGCUUUAUUUUUAAAAUUAAUCUGAGGUUUCAGUUAUUUUUAAAUUUCUUGUUAUUCUUUUGAGUGUAUUAUUUGUGUUGGUUGUACAUGUUUACAUAUGCGUUUGUUUAUGAGUUAUUUGUUGAAAUUAGUUAUUUAAUGUUUAUUAUCCCCACUGUACCUGUAAGUUAGUAGCAUUUUAAUGUGUGUGAUGUUUGUGUUUCAUGUGAUUUCAUAUGAAUUGUAAUCAAUUGUGAAAGUGUUUUUAUGUAAAAACAAUUUAACUGAAUAAUUUUAAUGCAUUAUUGUGAUCACAGAAAUUUGUAUCUUUAUAAUUUAAUAUAAUGUUAUGUGCCUUAAAGUGAUUUUAAAAUGAAAUUUCAUUGUCAUAGUAUUUGGUUAAUUAUAUUUACUUAUAUUAUAAUUAUUAUUUUUAUUUUGUUCAUUUUAGUGUUAAAAAGGUUCAUUUGUGAAUGCAAGUCUAUUGUGUACACAAUCUGUAUUGUUACACAAUUUCACUCAAAAAACUUCAGUGUUACUAGAUUUCAUUGUGAACCCUAUUGGUAAUGAACAUUAUUUCUAGUAUUUUUUGUGUAUAUUUUCAUAUUUUUCUCGUGGAUGGCAGUAAGUAUUUUAAUUUUACUGAAACUCUUCCUUCCUCUUCUUAGGCUGUCUGACUGUGUUAAAAAGGAUUGUGUUUAGUUAUAACAAGAUCUGUGAUGUAAUACGUGAUAUUGCUAGCCAAAGCAAAUUUCAUUUUUCCUAAGCUUUCGUCUUGUUAGUUUAUUUUCGUAAUUUUGGUUGCCUCAUUACAUAAUGUACUAAACAUCAUAUGUUUUCAAUGCAAUAAAAUUAGGAAUUUUUUUUGUAAUUGACAGUUUUAACUAGAAUUUAGUUUACAUAAGUGCUGUAUUCACGGUUUAAAAUAGUUUUAAAUUAUUUAACCCACAUACCUACUUGCUAUUAGAGACCACUGUAGUAAUAUUGCUUUUAUUUUCUCAUUAGAAGUUUAGUUUGUGCCAGGCUUUUUCUAGUCAUUUGAUUAAGUUUUGGCAUUUGAUGGUUGUUGGUUUGCAACUUGGUGUUUUUUUGUAUAAAUGUAUGCUAGAAGUUACUCCAUCGCCAAUCAUUCCAUUAUGACUUUUUUUGUUUUGAAUGCAAACAGGGUAUUGUUAAAUUAUAAGAUUAUCGAGUGAAAGAAUACAUAAUUUUAUGUACAUGCUCCUUUGAAUUUUUUAAAAAGUGAAUUUUCUGAAUGAUAAAACAUUUGCCAAACAUUACCCAUUCAUGAUUAGUUUCUUUGGCCUUGUGGUAGUGAUUAUUUUGUAUAUAUAAUAUGAAAAAUAUCAUCAUAGUUUUUUGAAGCUUUCUUUGGAAUCUUGGUCACAAUUUUCAUAUGCUUAAAGAUUUUAUUUUUCACAAGCAAAUUACAAUAAAAUUGAAGUAAAAAUUUAUUAAGUCUGCAUGCAGUUCUCACACGGUUAUUUUCCCGAAUUAUCUGUUCAUGAUGUAGAAUGGAUGAAUGAACGCCACUUGGUGACGUAAAGGGAACAGUUUAUAGUGUUGCAAAGUAAAACAUUGUGAUGGUAUUCCAGAGCUGAAGAAACCACUAGCCAUAAUACCAUGGCCAUACAUAUUCUUUCAUCUCUAUUGAGUAGGUAACAUUUGCAUGCCUAGUGUUGCCUAUAAUUCAAGUCACCAAAAUUGUUUUGGCCUUUUACACUUACAAACUUAACAAAUCUUUAAAUGAGUGAUUUCAACAUUUAGUUGUUUCUUUAUACAACUCAGCUUGAAUGCAACCUUUAAAGAUUAUAUAAUAAAAUUUGUUUAAAAUAAUAAUCCAUCAAAUCACAUAAAUGUAUCACAUUAAAGACAAUGCUUUAAACUAUGUUGUUAGUUGGCUUGCGAAAUACCAGAUAUGGCUACAUAAAUGUCACAAUAUUAAUGGUUAACAUGCAUAUAUUUUUCCUGAUGGUAUUUUCAAAUCAUUAUUGUACCAAUAAAACACAAAAGUUUAUAGACUGUAAAAUUUGUUUUCAAAUAUUUUGAACAAAAAUUAAACUUUUCUAAGUUCAGGGAAUGUCCAUCUAUGUCCGUGUGAGAAAAGGAGAGAACAGGGAGAAAACAAAAGUAGUACAUGAUGCUAGAAGAUAUAAUAUUAAGAGAGCAUUAAAAUGGUGGUUUGCUAUCUGCUAUACAUUUAAUGCACUAAGUUUAGUAGUAAAUACUUGAGAUUACAAAAAAAAAAAAAAGAGUAGAAAACUGGUUACAUGGAUUAUUUAUUUUUAUUUAUUUGUUUAUUUGAAAGUGUGACAUGCCCACCGACAGUCGUUAGACUUGGAUGGUGGACACGGCAAAUAUACAAGACAAACAGGAGGUUAUCACCAUAAACAUAUGGACUCCCACCCCUGUCGCUACCAUAGCAGUAAGAACCGCACAUGGUGGCCAACACAUGUAUUAGUGGUGACAACAAAUACAAUAAUACCACAAACAUUAAGUACAUACAACACAAAAUAAUACAACAGAGAUUUGUUCUUCUCUUUUUUUGUUGAACUAUUUAUCAAGUUAUUAACUAAGGCAUUUACUGGAUUGUAAAAUUACAAAUUGCAAUUUAUUCAUUCAAUAGAAUAACAAAUUAAUUUAUUGUAAUUAGAAAUCAGUCUAGAGAUAAGGUCUUUUUGUUAUUAAUUGAUACGGGGGCCGUAGUCUCUGAUAUUUUAUAACUGAAUUUGAAUGUGUGCUCGGGUUUUAUGGGCGCCACCGUGCCACGUGCACGGACCGAUGCGAGACUCUUUCCCGGGGUCAUGCCGUCCCCCAUGUGAAGCGUGAUUUUAAUUUCCCCCUGAAUACACCUAGCACGAAUCCCUGCCCGCUCUCAGCGUCGGGCACGCUAUUACCUACGCAGUGGGCUCUCAGGCGUCCCACACGCCGUCACACUCCACGUGGUCGAACAGAUAUAAAUAACAAAAUAAUACGUCGAAUUUACACACCUGAUUUGUUCGGUUACUGCAGCUUACACACGUACAUGGUUGAAACUGUUUAAAACGCCCGCGGCACAAAUCGGUUUAGGAGUAAAGACCCGCCACGUGGUCACAUCUCAAAUUACGUAGUAAAUAGAAGGAAAGACCGUUACUGGUCGUAAUACAAUUAGUUAUGCAGUCCCCCGACCGAGAGGAGCUCCGAGGACGAAAAGAAAACGAUUUAGAAAGAAUUAAAUUUAAACAGAAUUACUUGGCGGUGAAAACAAGCGGUGAGGUCCCCGGAGUGCUGGCGCGUCUACUCUCGGUCGUUGAUGGCGGAAGACUGGGAUGAGAUCAUGUCUCGGCUCGACUAACAUGGCUUCCUCCCGCCGAAACAAUUGCUGUUAAAGAUAUUUAUGAAUUCGUGCCACGGGAAACUAAAUUAACAUGACAAGAAUGAUUUAAAAAUUAUGUGACAUUUUCUGAAUACUGCAAAAGAAUACUACAAAUUACAAUUAAUAAGGAGAAAAUUUAAUUAUUGUCUGGCUUCGGGUUUCCUCGGGAAUGUCCGGAAACGCUAUUAUAUUUUGUUACCAUACUUUAAUUAAAAGUACAUAAAACCCUCCCGGCCGAUCUGCCGUCACGUUGCACAUAGGGAACAUAAAAACAAACAACACAAUUAUAAUUAAUUACGUUUUAGGGGUGCGGCGCACUGACUCGACAGCGCCCUCUUGCCGGGCGAACACACACGCACGCACACGUACGCACGGGUAGGCGGGAGGUUUGAAUGGAGGGUGGGUGGGCAGUGGCAUAUCGGACUUAACAGGGGCCGCAGGCCCGGACGAUAUCAAAUUGUGCAUAAAGUAGAUCUUAAAUGACUACUGAAUUGUGGUACUCUAGAGCCAGAAUUUUGAAGCAUAAACUUACAUUGAAGUUAAGAGUUGUAGAAAUUUCGAAUAAAGAGUGUCUCAUUAUAGUCCCUCAAACUGAGAGAAGUGUAAGGAUAGAAUAAGGAAAUCUCUUUAGAUUAAUUAAUUAAAUUCUAAAAGGGUAAAAAAAGCAUAAACUCAACAUUUUUACUAACAAGCAAGAUUAUUUAACCUAUAACAUAAUAGAGGGGAAAAAAUAGAAUCUGAAUUAAUACCAUAAAAAGUGAUGAAUUUAUAAAAUUCUUCAGGUAGUAGAAUACAGAUAGUUUACAUGCUUAUGAAAAAAUAACUUGGGAGUCUAGGAAGAUUCAAAGAUUUUUUGUUAAUGUAGUUCUGAUGAUUUGAGAGUUCAACAAGUUAUAGUCGUACUUAAUUGGGUAAUAUUUCCUCGUAACGUAUAUUAUCUUAGUUUUAUCCUUGUUAAGUCUAACUAAAUUGUGUAUGCACCACUUAUUAUUUUAUUAAUAUCAUGUUGUAAUAAUAAGCAAUUAUUAGUAGUACUAAUUUUCUUGUAAAUUUUCAAAUCUUCUGCAAAAAGGAUUUUUGUGGAGUAGUUUAAGACACUGGUGACAUGCAUUAAUGGAAAAUAAUAAUGUGGGAUUGCAAGUUAAUACAAUGAUUAAAGUAACAAAAAAAGAAGCAUUUUAUAAAUUAAGUACAGAUGGUAAAAAAUCACAGUUUCAAUUGAACUUUUAUUAUUAACAUUUCUUAGAACAUACCAACUAGUGUAACGCUGCCGGACGUACAUGACCUAUAUUUGAUAAUCCCUCACACUACACAUCUUGUGAAAUUUUACAUAGGUAUCGAAGAUGUAUGCCAUUACUAUUCCCUCAAAUAAAGUAUAAAGUGUUGAAUUGGCAGUUAUAAACAAUAAUUGAAAAAAAAAUUAAAAGUUUUUUUUAACUUAUGAAACUCAAAACAAUGCAAAGUAAUAAAGGUUAUUUAAAAAAAAGUAAAUAACUGCGAUAAAUACGCAGCAAACAUAUUUAUGCUUGGAAAAACCUACUUUUAUAGUUAUUUUACAUAAGUCCUCAAUAGUAAUCACGAAAAGAUGGAAAUACAAAAAAAAAAAUGUACUUAAAAGUUUGCGUAAAAACAAGGCUAAAUUAAGAGCCAGGCACAAACAUACAUGGUAGAAAAUCAAAGUAUAAUUUAGAAUAAAGAUUUCUGAAAAUGUACAAUUAAACAAAUACACCCGCCACUCGAAGUAACACUGUACAAUUUGCACUGUUUUGAAAUAAUGAUGCCAAUAAAUUAUGGCUUUCUUUAAAAUAGUGCAGUCAUAGAUGCGAAGUAGUGAUCUUUUUCAUCUAAGUGAAUUUUUAUUUCUGUGUGCACACAAUAGCAAUGGGUAGAAUUGAACACCUUACAGUGAAUUAAUAAUACAACAAAUAAACAAACGCUAGUUUUGCCUUUCCUUAAAAGUCAUUCACUUCCUUCAUUGCAUAUUUACUUUAGCCUAAUUAACAUAGUACAGUGUUUAUAUUAUGCAAAAAUAUGUUCAAUGCCCGAGUGUUUAGCCAAUAUUUAUAUCACGCCAUCUCGCAAGUCAACAGCAGCUCUGGGAAAAAAAAGCCAGAAGCUUUCAGGACAAGUUUACCUCUUGCUAAUUAGGAUGCAUUAGUGGCAAGUCAUGUGGUUAGCAAUUCAUUGCCGAUGUGCAUUUAGUAACAAGUGUCGGUUAUUACAUUAGAAGUUAAAUAAUCUUACUUGUUAUUAAAAAAUUUGAGUUUAUACUUCUUUAACCCUUUUAGAACAAAUUAUGACAUACUUAUUCCAGCCUCAAAGACAUGUAGUAAAUUUUCGUAUUAAGAUUAAAGUUAAAAAAUAAUCAACUACUGUGAUGACCUUCGUCAAGUUUGAGUCUGUUGCUGCAGAGUUGAAACUUAAAUAAAAUAAAUAUACUUGGGGAUAAAAGAAAGCAGGAUUACUAACACUGACACUACUGCACCCUGUUGCAGUAGUUUGUGGUAUUUUUGGCACAUCCCGUAUGUCGCUGGUGGGCGGUACAAAGUGCAAUGAGGAUAGGAGGGUGAGAGUGAGGGGUGGUGGCAUAUCGGGCUCUGAAGGGGCGAAGCACCAAACAAUUUCAACUUUGAAUAUGUUUAGACUUAUAAUUAAUUUUCUAAUUUGAUUUUAAUGGGAGAAAUGUUUUUAUUAAAUGGUAGUCACCAAGCACACUUCUGUGGUUGGAAAACAAGUUAUUUUGAUUAACAUACUUAAAAGGGGGGGGGGGGGGGGGGAGAAAUUCAUUUGAUUAUCGUUAUUUUUAUUAGUGCAGUGUGCUCCUGGAAUGAAUUAGGAAGUUACUCUGAGGGGCGGAUAUGUUAUUGCCACCUAUCUUGAUAUACUCAUCAAACAAGCUAUGUAGUUACAAACUUUUGGCCAUGACUCUCGGAUACUCGUGUGAACGAAAGCUAACCUCAAAUAAAAAUGUAAAGUAAAUUAAAGAGGCGGGGCCCACAGGCCCUUAAGUCUCGAGCAGGAGCAAACCCAGUGCAUGCGCAGUUCCACAAACUGGCCAGAAGGGAGGAUAACCAAGGAGGAGGAAACUGGCAUGCUGGUUUGUGGAGUACUGGUUCCAGUCACUUUCUUACUGUCCGCUUAACCCCCUUGUGAUGUAAUAACUCAUGUGCCAGCUCACAUGUUUACAUUGGCUAUGAGCUGUUUCCCAUUAAAAGUGCUGAAGAAACAGUACUCCAGGCUCCGGAACAUAGUGGUGUAAAUAAAUAAUAUUUUAUCUUUUAGUUAGCUACAAAUUUCAUCUUUGAAACGAUGAAACUAUUAUUUGGUAUGGCAAAUUUAAAUCUGCAAAAUUCUUGACUUGCACCACUAUGGUUUGGCCCUUCACAUGUAACAAAGCACUGUUCAAAACAUUUUAAACUGUACCAAAAUAUAUAGCAAUAAACAUAAUAGAUGGGCAUGCGGGACUUUAAAACAUUUACCAGAAUUGGUCAUCAUUUUGUGGAAAGACAGUGGUGACAACUUGUGAAACGAUAAAUCUAUGCUUCAUACCAAAUACUGAUACGAUUAAUAAAUUUUUAUAGUCUUUCCGCCACUAAUGUGAUACACUUGUGUGAUAUGAUGCUGGUCAUCUUGAGCACUUACGCGGGGCCCGCUUAGUCGGGGGUAUGUGUGUGUUGGUGAGGAAAAAUGAUAAGGUCCACGCUUGCUGGUGCUUCUAGCGUAGUAUCGCCUCUAAGCCCGAGGCUCUGAACUGACGCACAGUCUUCUCAUUGUGCGUAGAACUAUGAGAUUUGAGCAGUAACCAUAGCAUAUGGUAGAGUAAUAAAAAUAAAGGUGUAAUGCAAGUCCCUUGAGUGCUUUCAAAAAUCUGUAUCAGGUGUUUCAUGCCUAAACAUUAUUCUGAACACACACAUUUAGCCAUUUUCACUCUUCUAAAAAUACAGUUUAAAAACAAAGUAUGGAAACAGAACUACCCAUCCACCCUCCACGUAUUCUUAAAGGUUUUUCGUAAACACACCCCACUCUGAUAUCUCGAGCAGUUUUAAAAUCACAUUAUUUUUUCUGAAGAUCUGCACAGCCUGUGUGUGCCCGGUAGGCGGGGCCCUUAAAAUGCAGUCAACAAUUUUUUGUUACACAAAUUGAUUGGCUUUGCAUUCAAAUUAAUGCUCCAAUAAAAAAAUUUUGCGAUAAAAUUCAUCGUAGCAAUGAUACUACCCCAGGUACUUAAACUGUUUUAGCAUUACAUAUUUAUGUUCCUGCUAUACCAGAAGUAUUUUUUGUUAUAAUAUUUUAUGUGAACUAAGACAUUAAACAAAAAUAAAAGCCUCACAAGUAAUUUUUCACCCACAUGUGGUUAAGUAUUGCAUAAGUAUUAUAUGUAUUUGGCUUACAGUUCAUAGAAUAACUGAGAAGCUAUGCUGUAAACCUAAAGUACAUCUCAAGUUUAAAAUAGGUUUAUAAAGUGCAGUGAAAAUAAUCUUUGAGAGAUGAAUAUUGUUUGGAGCUGUAUUGAUGAUGUGAACAAUUCUAGUUUCGUAUACACAGGUAUAAUGUAAAUGGGAAUUUAAAAAUGGUCAAUUCUCAUGUAUAUAUAAUAAAACUUGGCAUUUUAUUGUUUCAUGUUGUUAUAUAUUCUAUAUUAAAAUGUAUGGUGAAAAGUUUUUAACAUUUACAAUCAUGUUAAUACUUUACCUGGUAAUUUUUUUAUUAUAGAUAAGUGGGGUUUUGAACCCAAGCCCUCAAAACUAUUCAUAUCAGAAUGCUGAGUCACUACACCAUCACCCAAAUUGUACAAUAGAGGUUUUUACAGAGUAAAUUACAUGUUUGUCACACAAAAAUUUCUGCUGAAUGAAGUCAUUGGAAUUUUCUUUGUCCGUAAUAUUAUUAAAUACGUUCACAGUAUUAAUGCUAGUCCUCAGUACUAACAGUAUGGAGGUAACCACUGCUAAAUAAAUAUCAUGUAUUGUACCGAUACUGUUGUGAAUCUUACUAAUAAAGUAUUUGUGUGAAUACA